AUGGAGCUCCAGAACACAGUGAAAGAAGCCCUAAACGCACUGUACCAUCACCCAGACGACGCCGUUCGUAUGCAAGCCGAUCGAUGGCUUCAAGACUUUCAACGCACUAUCGACGCUUGGCAGGUUGCCGAUAAUUUGCUUCAUGAUUCUGGUAGCAAUCAGGAAACUCUAAUCUUCUGUUCUCAAACCCUCAGAAGCAAGGUACAGCGGGACUUUGAAGAACUACCUUCUGAAGCUUUUCGCCCGCUUCGGGAUUCUUUAAAUACCUUAUUGAAAGCAUUUCACAAGGGCCCCCCUAAAGUUAGAACCCAGAUUAGCCUUGCGGUGGCUGCAUUGGCUGUUCAUGUUCCUGCUGAAGAUUGGGGAGAUGGUGGUAUUGUGAAUUGGCUUGGGGAUGAGAUGAAUUCUCAUCCUGAAUUUAUACCAAGUUUUCUGGAGCUACUCAGAGUCUUGCCAGAGGAAGUAUUCAACUACAAGAUAGCAGCCCGUCCUGACCGGCGCCGCCAGUUUGAGAAAGAGCUUGCGUCUGCCAUGGAGGUUGCUCUUAACAUCUUGACUGCUUGUUUGAGUAUCAAUGAACUUAAGGAGCAGGUGCUUGAGGCAUUUGCUUCUUGGCUUCGGCUUAGGCAUAGGAUCCCUGCAUCUACACUUGCUUCACACCCCUUGGUGCUUACUGCUCUCUCUAGCUUGAAUUCUGACAUGCUCUCAGAGGCGUCCGUAAAUGUCAUUUCUGAAUUGAUACAUUACACGACAGCUAGAAACUCAGGUGGAGUUUCUGAACAGAUGCCCUUAAUCCAAGUAAUUGUGCCACAAGUUAUGAAUCUAAAGGCACAGCUUAGAGAUCCUUCAAAGGAUGAGGAGGAUGUAAAGGCCAUUGCUCGUUUGUUUGCUGACAUGGGUGAUUCAUAUGUUGAAUUGAUAGCAACCGGUUCUGAUGAAUCAAUGCUGAUAGUGCAUGCAUUACUGGAAGUUGCUUCACAUCCCGAGUAUGAUAUUGCUUCCAUGACAUUUAACUUCUGGCAUAAUCUUCAGAUGAUAUUGAUUGAAAGGGAUUCCUAUUUAUCCUUCCAUAAUGAAGAGUCAAUUGAAGCAGAGAGAAAUCGCCGAUUGCAGGUUUUUGGCUCAUCAUAUGGUUCACUAGUAUCCUUGGUUAGCUUCAGAGUUCAAUAUCCCCAUGAUUAUUCGGACCUUUCAAAGGAGGACCAAAAGGAUUUCAAACAGACUAGAUAUGCUGUUGCGGAUGUCUUGAUUGAUGCUGCUUUAGUUUUAGGAGGUGAAGCUACACUGAAAAUUCUUUACAUGAAGCUUGUUGAGGCUGUUAGUAGCGGCAGAAAUGAUGAGCGCAGCGAAUGGCGUCCAGCAGAGGCUGCUUUAUAUUGCAUCCGAGCUAUAUCAGAUUAUGUUUCUGUGGUUGAGGCUGAAAUAAUGCCACAGGUUAUGUCUUUGAUUUCAAAACUUCCUCCGCAACCCCAAUUACUUCAAACGGUAUGCUUAAUUGUUGGAGCUUAUUCAAAAUGGCUUGAUGCUGCAUCUUGUGGACUGUCAUUCCUGCCUUCAGUCAUAGAUAUUCUUGUGAGUGGCAUGAGUAUGUCUGAAGAUUCUGCAGCAGCGGCUGCUCUGGCAUUUAGACACAUAUGCGAUGACUGCGGCAAAAAACUUAGUGGAUCCUUAGAUGGUCUCUUUCAAAUAUACCAAGGGGCAGUGAUUGGGGAAGGCAUCUUCAAGGUCUCUGCUGAAGACUCAUUGCAUCUAGUUGAAGCUUUAAGUAUUGUUAUUACAGAACUUCCUUCGGAGCAUGCUAAUAAAGCCCUUGAGGCUUUAUGCUUGCCAGCAGUUGCUCCUUUACAGGAAAUUAUCAAUCAAGGUCCCUUGAUACUGGGACAAAAAACUGCUCGUGAGCUUACCGUUCAUAUUGAUCGGCUUGCAAAUAUUUUUAGACAUGUGAAUCACCCAGAAGCCAUCGCUGAUGCAAUUCAAAGGCUUUGGCCAAUUUUUAAAGCCAUCUUUGAUGUUCGUGCAUGGGACAUGCGGACAAUGGAGUCCCUUUGUCGGGCUUGCAAAAAUGCUGUGAGGACUUCUAAAACGUUGAUGGGAAUUACAAUUGGAGCAAUGCUGGAAGAGAUACAAAGUCUAUAUAAACAACAUCACCAACCAUGCUUCCUUUAUCUCUCUAGUGAAGUUAUAAAGAUAUUUGGGUCUGAUCCAUCUUGUGCGAAUUACUUAAAAGUCCUGAUUGAAUCUCUCUUUAGCCAUACUACAUGUCUGCUUACAAAAAUUCAGGACUUCACUUCCAGGCCAGACAUAGCAGAUGAUUGUUUUUUGUUGGCAUCGAGGUGUAUUCGCUAUUGUCCUCAAUUAUUUUUUCCAUCUGCGGUAUUUGCGUCAUUAGUGGAUUGUGCUAUGAUUGGCAUCACAGUACAGCACAGGGAGGCCUCUAAUUCCAUUUUGACUUUCUUGUCCGAUUUGUUUGAUCUUGCAAACUCCAGUCAGGGAGAACCCUACCUAUCUAUCAGAGACAACAUAAUUAUUCCUCGAGGUGCUGCCAUCACCAGAAUUUUGGUUGCCUCUCUUACAGGAGCGCUCCCUAGUUCGAGAUUAGAAACGGUGGUAUAUGUGUUACUAACGCUAACUCGAGCCUAUGGAGUGAAAGCUCUGGAGUGGGCCAAGGAGAGUCUUUUGUUGAUUCCAUCAACCGCUGUGACAGAGGUAGAAAGGUCACGGUUUUUGCAAGCUUUAUCAGAUGUGGCAACCGGGGGUAAUAUAAAUGCCCUGAUGAUUCCAAUUGAAGAGCUUUCAGAGGUUUGCCGUCGUAACCGAACAGUUCAAGAGAUUGUUCAAGGUGCUUUGAGGCCUCUCGAGUUGAGUAGAAUCACUGUAUCAUAGUGUGGAGUAACACGGGCCAUUUUUUUUUCUUUGGCCUUGUCUGUAGUCAAUUAGUUGGUUGAUUGUGUGUGGGCUCCUAUUUCAUUGAGUGUUGAUCAUUUGCCAGCUUCGACUGGUCCAUAUGCGUGGGAGGUGUGCUAUUGUAUUUAUAAAGGGAG